AUGCCGCCGCACUUCUGCUUCUACAUUGCGGAGGUGUCGCUUCCCGAGACCGGCCACCUCGUGCGCGGCUUCCUGGAGAAGGCCGGCCUGUGGCAGGACAAGGUGCAGGUGGACGUUGUCGCCUGCAAGGAGUAUGGCCUCACGCUCGACAGCGGAGCUCGGCGGCAGGAUGGCCUCUGGAUUGCCAACCCGUUCCUGGAGGCGGAGCGCGAGGUGACCCAGGAGUCCGCGCAGCAGGACGCGAAGUGGAAGACCGAGAAGGACCUCAUGCGCAAGGCCGUCUCGGACCUGAAAGUGUCCCAGACAGAGAAGGGCCACGUGCGCGAGGGCGCCUCGGACGUGAAGGGGAAGACCAAGCAGGUCGUGAAGGAGAAGACCGAGAAGGACCGCAAGGCCGUCUCGGACCAGAAGGUGAGCAAGGACCGCAAGCGCAAGGCCGUCUCUCCCAGCCCGUCGUCGGAGAGCUCCAACGCCUGGGACAUCCUGCGCUGGAAGCGCAAGAAUCGCUGCUCCGGCAAGCUGGACAAGAGCGAGAAGUUCUACAUUGGCACGCCUGCGAUCAGCGACUCGGAGGUGGAGGCUGGCGUGGCUUCUGGCGCAAGUUUCCGGCAGGUCAAGACCAAAAAGAAGAAAAAGAACAAGAAGGAUCCGAAGGAGGUGACAGCUCCUGGUGGGCCUGCUGGCAGUUCGUCGGCGGCUUCGCCACCAGGCGCGACCUCGCCCCCAACGACCCUGGACGAGAUCAAGUGCAUGGCGGUCCAGCUUGUGAAGCAGGGCAUUCUCGACCGCGAGUGCUUUGACACCGUCCUGAAGGGUCUGGACCAGUUCGCCCAGGCGCCGUGCAUCUUCUGGCAGUGCUGGCUUUUCGUCGGCGUCGGCCACCAAUUCUUCGUGCCAGUGUUCUUCCUGAAUGUGGUUGUGAGCAUCUUCGGCUGCAAGGUCGGGGAAUUCCUCAAGGUGUUGCGGGUAUAG